UUUCGCGCCAGAUUGGCUUCUCGCGUGGUCGAGUGUGGCGCUGGGGGCCCAGCGUCGCUUUACUCAUCCCUCUUCACUCCGGGCUUGCGACUCCAAGAUGAGCAAAGUGUGUGCUGUCUUUGGAGGCUCCCGGGGUAUUGGCAGGGCAGUAGCCCACUUACUGGCCCAGAAAGGCCACAGAGUGGCGAUCAUCGCCCGAAAUCUGGAAGUGGCCAAAGCCGCCGCGGGCGAGCUCGGGGGAGAUCAUUUGGCCUUUAGUUGUGAUGUUGCUAAAGAGCAUGAUGUUCAAACUACAUUUAGAGAAAUGGAGAAACAUCUAGGCCAAGUAAAUUUCUUGGUAAAUGCAGCUGGCGUUAACAGGGAUAGCCUUUUAAUAAGAACAGAAACUGAAGAUAUAAUAUCUCAGCUUCAUACCAACCUCUUGGGCUCCAUGCUGACUUGUAAAGCUGCCAUGAGGACUAUGAUUCAACAACAGGGAGGAUCUAUUGUUAAUGUAGGAAGUAUUGUUGGUCUCAAAGGCAAUCCUGGUCAGACUGUGUAUAGUGCUGGUAAAGCAGGAUUGGUUGGAUUUUCACGUGCACUUGCUAAAGAGGUAGCAAGAAAGAAAAUUAGAGUGAAUGUAGUUGCACCAGGAUUUAUUCAUACAGAUAUGACGAAACAUUUGAAAGAAGAACAUUUAAAGCAAAACAUUCCUCUCGGGAGAUUCGGAGAAACUAUUGACGUGGCACAUGCAGUUGUGUUUCUUUUAGAAUCACCAUACAUCACAGGCCAUGUUCUAGUAGUGGAUGGAGGAUUGCAGCUCACUAUAUGACUAACGUUAUUCAGAUUUAACGGUGGGUCAGAAUCGAGGGCACAGGUGUUUGGUAUUGAUUAGAUACAAUUAAACCCAUGUGGGUGACCUUUGGUAAUCAUACUUGAUGCUACAAAUACUGUUUUCUACUUUUCUGUGAUUAUGUCUGAAAAGAACAAUGUAUGGCCAAUUGUAUUUUAUCAAAAAGAUACGUGCCAUGUAGGAUGCAGCAGUUUCUGAAAGGAGACUUCUGUGUGGUCCAGGCAGAAAAGAGUUUGGUUGGGAGAGCCUACGGGAGAUAGAGGUGGGCAGAGGGCUAACUUUUGGUGGGGAGAGGGUGGGGAGGAAGUGUGGUCGCAGUAGAUGAGGAAGUGACCUCAGAGCCUGGGGACCUCCCGCUGUCCCCGGGUGUGCCAGUUACCUAGGGUAUAGGUGCUGGGUGGGGACUUCUAGGGAGGACCCUUGCACUGGAGAAAACAAAGGGAAGGGGCCAUUUCCCUCUCUGGCAGACCUGACAGACAGCAAGAAGUAUAAACCAGUAUUAAUUUAUAUAUUUUGUCUCAAAAGUAGAAAAUUGUGUUUUCUAAUUGUGAUAAUUAUUUCAGUGUAUCAGGUUGAAUUUUUAGAAAUUAACCUUUUGGACUGUUGUCCAAAUGAGAGUACUUAUAGAACUUUGACUAAUUAUCAGUACUUUAGCAAACCUACUGAUGUUAAACACAUAUUAUUUUUGUUUGAGACAAAAUUCUCAGACUCACCCUGUUCAUUUCUUGUUUUCUUAUGUGUCUUUUGUUCACAUUAAAAAUCACGGUGCCAACUUA